CGUGGAGUUCCGCCGCUCCCGGAAGUGGCGGAAGGGUGACGGGACGGAGCGGAAGUUGCCGAGAGACGGGCGGAGGCGGCGAGCGAGGAUGAACAACAAAUUUGACGCUUUGAAAGAUGAUGACAGCGGGGACCAUGACCAGAACGAAGAGAACAGCACACAGAAAGAUGGUGAGAAGGAAAAAAAUGAUCGUGACAAACCCCAGAGUAGCACCAAGAGGAAGGCUGUUGUCCCAGGGCCGGCCGAGCACCCCCUGCAGUAUAAUUAUACUUUCUGGUACUCCAGACGAACACCUGGGAGACCCACCAGCUCUCAGAGCUAUGAACAGAACAUCAAACAGAUUGGCACCUUCGCCUCAGUGGAGCAGUUCUGGAGGUUUUACAGUCACAUGGUACGUCCUGGGGAUCUGACAGGCCAUAGCGACUUCCAUCUCUUCAAAGAGGGAAUCAAACCCAUGUGGGAGGACGAUGCCAACAAAAAUGGUGGCAAAUGGAUUAUCCGUCUGCGCAAGGGCUUAGCAUCCCGCUGCUGGGAGAAUCUCAUUCUGGCGAUGUUGGGAGAACAGUUUAUGGUGGGGGAAGAGAUCUGUGGGGCAGUUGUCUCUGUCCGGUUCCAGGAGGAUAUUAUCUCCAUAUGGAACAAGACUGCUAGUGACCAGGCCACAACAGCUCGGAUACGCGACACGUUACGCCGAGUGCUUAACCUACCUCCGAACACCAUCAUGGAAUACAAAACGCACACUGACAGCAUCAAGGCCUGGGAGGAGUUUCAUGGCCUGGUGAACAGCAGUGGUCGCUGAUCGAACGCUCCCCCUCUCUCUGUCACACCCAGGGGAUAAUUCAAGCUUUCGAAACACCAAAAUCACAUUGUGAGAACAAAGCUGGCGGUAAAUUCCUCUCUUGAUGUGAACCCCCUGAGAGGUCUCCAUCCGUGCCCUGCCAUUUCUGGAGGGCCGCGCAGGCUGGAUUGACUGCACCACCCUUUUGCACUCAACCCCGGAGGAAGGAUGUCAUUCAAAGCCCUUCUGCGUCGGUGACUAAUGAGAGGCUGACCUCGUGACACAAAACUCUUUUCAAGGGCAGGAUAGGAGGCCGACUUUUCAGUUAGCAGGGUGCCCUCCCAGGGCCUCCUUCAGCACUUUUUUUGCUCUUUCCAUACCCUGUGUAGAGGAUAUUUGAUUCCCAUGCUGUUGUGCUGAGGGGUACCAGUAUUAAUGAGUCUCUGUGGCCAGGAGAGAUGACCCAUUGGUUUGCAAAUGCCCCCUUUCAGCUCUGCCAAUAAAUUAUUGGGUCUCUGUUUCUUUCAA